GUUUUAAGGCUUCGAAGAGCUUUGUCAAACACCACCCCUCAAAGAAAAAAAAAAGAGAGAGAGAGACAUACUUCUGUCCGAAGAUCAUAUGGCGUUCUCGAAUGCUCAGCAGCUGGCCUUCAUUUUUGGCCUCUUAGGCAACAUCGUGUCCUUUUUGGUGUUCUUGGCACCAAUACCGACUUUUUACACGAUCUACAAGAAGAAGUCGUCGGACGGGUAUCAGUCAAUACCUUAUGUGGUGGCGCUUUCGAGUGCAUCGUUGCUCUUGUACUAUGGAGUCCUCAAGACCAACGCCACUAUGAUCAUCAGCAUCAAUGCCCUUGGCAUCGUCAUUGAACUCGCCUAUCUUCUUAUCUUCUUGAUCUAUGCCUCCACCAAAGAGAAGAUGUACACGGCGAGGUUGCUGUUGCUGUUCAAUGUAGGAGGUUUCGGAGUGAUGAUGGCGCUGACCAUCUUUCUUCUCAAGGGUCGGCAGCGUGUCAAUGCCGUCGGAUGGAUCUGUGCUGCCUUCAGUCUCGCCGUGUUCACCGCGCCUUUGAGCAUCAUGAGGAGGGUGAUAAAGACCAAAAGUGUGGAGUUCAUGCCAUUCGCUCUCUCCUUCUUCCUGACCCUCUGUGCCACCACCUGGUUCUUCUAUGGACUCUUCGUCAAGGACAUGUUCAUUGCUCUGCCAAAUACACUGGGAUUCUUGCUUGGCAUCGCUCAGAUGAUCCUCUACAUGAUAUACAAAGAUGGGAAAACGAAAAUGACAGAGACAAAAGAGAGGAGCAAUCAACAAGAGGUGUCUCUAGACAUGAAGAAGCUGACGCCCAUCCACAGCGCGAAGCUGUACCCAACUUCACAGCCCCAACCCCAAGUCACAGAAGUGGACAUCCUUCCCACUGGCAAACCAGCCGAACCAGACAACAACGUUUGAUGAAUCCUUGUCUCUUGGGGUCUUGGAAACUAUGGAGGGAUGACAUUCUUUUGCAUUUUAUUUGAAUUUUAUUGCAUUAAGGGUGUUAAUGUUACUUUUGUAUGAGAGACACGAUAGAUGGGCACCAAAGGGAAUGAACAAAUACUGUAUUGAACA